CAAAAUUCAUUCUUUUCUUUUCUCCCGAGACUCUGAAAAACCUCGCUCAGAGUAGAGAAGAAGACGACGACGACGACGAGGUAUUGAACGAAACGGUGUCUUGUCGAGAGCUCCGUUAAUGGCGAGUGGGUGGGUGAAGUCGCUGCAAUGCAAGUCGAGAGCCUUCGAAGACGUUUACCAUCCGAACCCCAAAAAUCUGAUGAACAGCGCGAGUUGCAGGAAGAGCGUUCAAAACAUCAAGGACGUCAUCGACACCACAAAAUCCAGAAAACCGAAGCCGUUGCCGCCGCCCAAGCGGUCCAAACCCAAACACCUAGGGCGACCCACAAAAACCGAACCCGUAUCGAGCCCAACCCAUCAACUCCGAACCCGGCAACCGCGACCCCAUGAUCCGUUUUUACCGUCCUUGACGGAGCUCCCGGAGGGCCAUCCGUCGCGCAAUGUCGUCGAGAUUAUCUUCCACACCAGCUGGGGCCCCAAGGCGUUUUCUGGUCGGAUCGAGAUGAUUUUUAAGGUCCAGAACGGGUCCAAGACCGUGGCCCGGUUUGAGGAGCACAGGGAGGUCGUGAAGGCGCGGUCCCGGGCUGGGUCCAAAGGCGGGGCACAGUGCGAGGAGGAGAAUGCCCGCUGCAUGGCGGACGGAAACGAGGUGAUGCGGUUCCACUGCCUUGGGCCCGCCAGCUCCGGCGUCGGGGUGUACGACGCGUGCAGCGGCGUGUGGGGGUUUCACGGUGGAAAGGGUAAAGCGAUUUGCACGUUUUCCGGUAGCGGCGUGGCCCACGAGAGCGCGGGUGCGGCUGGGGCCAGGGGCCGGAGAGCGAUGAUGGUUUGUCGGGUCGUGGCGGGUCGGGUUUCGAAGCAGCUGGAGCUUGAGUCGUUGUUGGAUGGCCGGGUCGGGUUCGACUCGGUGAGCGGAGGCAACGGCGAGUUGUUGGUGUUUGAUUCACGCGCCGUGUUGCCGUGCUUUCUUAUCAUCUAUAAACUGUAAAAAUACAAUGUCGAUUUUCUAUAUAUUUUUGUGAUUUUUCUAUCACACCUUUUUCUUGCAUUUAUCAACUCAAUUUUUUUUUCUUUUACUUUUUGAUCGGUUAUUUGGAUGUUUUGGGUGUGAUUUAUGGAAAAAAAAUUUAGUUGAUAAAUGCUUAAUUAACCACUUUGCCGUUUUUA